AUGUCUCAGAGUUCUCCCUCAAAGAAAUCGUCUCCUUCCUCUGAAACAGCAUCAGGAUCUAGGGCACCCAAUGUGGUGAGUGAUCAAGAUGUUGUGUUGAAUGUUGUGCCAUUGAACUCUGUUCCUGCUACCGAUCCUGUUCAUAAUCCACCAAGAAAGAUGCAUGCAAGAAAAUCAACUGGUGGAUCUGUUCCAGAAACUUUUUCUGUUCAAGGUAGAGAGGGCUCAGCUUAUGUUCAUAAUGCGAUCGUAGAUAUUGUCACAAGAAUCUUGAAUGAAGGGCACCAGGUUGAUGGAAUAUCUGUUCCUCUUGCCCAAAUUCCUGCCUCUGAGAACAGCAAAUAUGAUCAAGAUGGUCAAGAUGAUGCUAGCAAAGAUCAGGGUGAUGUUGAGACAUCUGUUGACAACAAUGAUGAGAAGACCCCUGGUGCCAAAGAUGUUGAGACAUCUGAAGCUAUCAAUGUUGAAACAUCUGGUACUAAAGAUGCUGAGAUUCUUGAACCUGAGAAAGCUGAAGAGGUUCCUGCUGCUCCUUCUAAAGAAACCCUUAAUGAAGGCCCUACUGUGCAUGAUGUGGUGAAUCUGGAUGAUCUGGAUGAUUCUAUUGACAUUGCUGAUGGUGAGCUCAUCUCUAGCAUCUCUCAUAGAGUCAAGACUCGUAAGGGAAAACAGGUUUGUGAUCAAGAUUUUUCCAAACCUCAAGUUACUCCUCAAGUUACUCCUCAAAAGAAGGUCACUAUAAAGAAGAUCAAGAAGGUCCCUGCUGAACCUUCAACCACUGGGAGCAAGACUGCAGUGAAGAAGAGGAAGGAAAGAAGUGUUUCUGCCCCUGAAGAUGAUGUCUUAAGUGAUGAAUUUAUUGUGAACUUGUCUCAAGAUUGUGGUGAUGGAAGAACUGAGGAUUUUCAUAAGGUGUAUGUUAGAAGAAAGUGUAUAGAUUUUUCCCCUGCUGUUAUCAACCUAUAUCUAGGUAGAGAUGUUGAGGCUCAACCUGAGCUUGAAGUGACUGAUAAUGAGGUGUGCAAAGUAAUCAUUGGUGGUAAGGUUAAGAAGUGGCCUAUAAAGAGCAAACUGUCUGCUAGUUCUCUUAAUGUCAGGUAUGCAUUGCUACACAAAAUUGGUGCUGCUAACUGGGUGCCUACCAAUCACACUUCUACCAUUGAUGUUGGCCUAGGAAUAUUUAUUUAUGCUGUGGGAACCAAGACAAAAUUUGACUAUGGGACUUAUAUAUUUGAUCAAACUAUGAGGCAUGCUGGUACCUCUGCUACCAAGCUCCCUAUUGCAUUCCCAUCCCUGAUUGUGGGAUAA